CGUCCACCAGAGGGCGCCCCGUCGUCUUUAAGGUCUAUGAAUUCUACUUCCGGUUAGCUAGAAAAAAAACGUGAAAAGGAGUGGAGACAGCGUCGAUUGUCGAAGGUCGAAGCGGAGGGCCAUGGCUCGUGGGCAGCAGAAGAUUCAGUCCCAGCAGAAGAACGCCAAGAAGGCGGCGGAGAAGAAGAAAGGUCAGGGUGCCGACCAGAAAACUGCCGCCAAGGCUGCGCUCGUCCACACCUGCCCCGUCUGCAGGGUAAAUACUGACCUCACCUGUUGGACAGACACAGAUGCCCG